CCUUUUAACAAACGUGUUCAUUGAUGACGCACAUGUUUCACGUCCACGUUGGUUACACAUGGUGUAAAAUAUUUUCUUUAUUCGGUUAUUGCUGACUGUGUUGAGGAUGAAGUAAUUAAGAUAGUUUUGAUAUCUUCCUUCAUUUCAAGAUUAAAAAUUUAUCCUUUUUGUCUAAGCAUGCUUGCUGAUACAUCAACAAACAGCCCAUGGCUUUGUGAGGCAGUCAUGAUGGGCCACAACAUAAGGAGCAGCCUUCUAGAAUCAGAUUUGUCAGAGAUACAGGAUUUUGAUUAUUUGGACAGGGUAAAAAGAACAUCUCCGACCUCCAGUUCUUGUCCUAGUGAGGUGAGCUCGGAGUGCAGUGAGAAUCUGAACAGUACUUUCUUCAGCGAGAACGGCUCAGACUGUGGGGACGAGAUUCCACUGGAUAUAGUGGCAGAACUUCAAGAGACUUUGUUUGGAGAUAUUUCAACAUCGCUAGUCAAUAUCUUGGAUGUUACUGAAGAAGACGCAUGUCUUUUAGACAGUGCAGUUUGGACAACAGCUUUGGAAACAUUAUCAACAGUAUCAGAUCUCUCCAGCUCAACCCCUUGUGAAUCCACGGCGUCAAGUCAUAAAAGCACACCCCCUCAAAACAGAAAAAAAUCAGUGAACUUCAGAACUGUCAAAUGGAACACACUCUGUGAUGAUGAAAAAACAUCUGUCAUCGAAGAAAUCAGUCGAGUGAUCAGUAACGAAUUGGGUCUCCGAGAGCAGCUAGAGGUCAUACGAAUCAUAAACCCCUCAGCGCAUAUAUCACCGACAGACAAGGAAUUUGUUAUAGACAUUUACUCCAUAGAUGAAGAGAAGUUACAGAAGAUACAGGAGUAUAUUGCAAUCCAUGCUCAGACCCCAAGUAUAACCAACAAGGACAAAUCAAAUGUCUUACCAAAGAAACACAGCAAACAAACAAACAAAAAACAGAGUACACAAGAAAAGAAAGCAAGACAGAAAUUUUACAAACAACGACAACGGAAGGAGUAUCGCCAGAUGUUGAAAGAGAAACGUAGCGGUCUGUUUGCGAGGGAGGAGGUUUUGUCGGUGUCUGAGAUCGAGCCGGGGGUAGGAGAUGGGGAUAUAGACAUUCUAGGAUAACAGCCCUUAUACUCCCUAAAUCAUGACUGCCAAUACCUUUUUUCUAAGUGUAAACCAAUGUUCAUUUUGAUGAGAAACACAUUUUUUCUGAAAGUUUAUCAUCAUGUGGAAAUAAAAUUGAUAAAAGAAUUA